GGAAGAAGAGCGCAGCUCUCUCAUCAGCGAGCGCCGAAGAUGGCUGCCUGUGUGCUGCUCCGUUCCCUGUCUCCCAACUUCUGCACGGGCUUUUCUCUCCUCGCCCGCUCAGCACCGCUCUCUCCUUUGCAGCUGGCGUCCAAGCCCUGUUUUACAAGAACCUUAGCCUCUUCCAGCCGGUUAUCAGCAGCACUUAAAUUCACAGACAAGCAUGAAUGGAUUCGGGUAGAAGAUAGCGGGAUAGGAACCGUCGGUAUCAGCAACUUUGCACAAGAGGCCCUGGGAGAUGUAGUUUACUGUGGACUGCCAGAGGUGGGGACGCAGCUGGCCCAGCAAGAUGAGUUUGGAGCGCUGGAAAGUGUCAAAGCAGCCAGUGAGCUUUAUUCCCCUUUGACCGGGGAAGUUGUAGAGGUCAAUUCACUGCUGGCGGACAAACCUGGUUUGGUCAACAAGUCCUGCUACAAAGAGGGUUGGCUGAUGAAGAUGACUAUUGCCAAGCCAGAGGAGCUGGACGCCCUGAUGGAUGAACCAGCGUACGAGCGAUACAUCCGCUCCAUCGAGGACUAACCCAGCAUCUCUUGUCAAGUGCUAUGCUCCCUUUUCCCUUUCAGACACCUCUGGCAGGGAGAUGCUCUAGAUGUGCCUGACGAUCACACAACACAAUGCUUAGCAUCCAGCAGUGGAGCUUCACAGGUCCAGAUUGCUGACCCGCCGGUGUUGUAGAGCUGUGAACUUUAGAAAACCUUUACCUUCUGUUAAGACUGAUGUUAGCGGACCUUUUGGUCUGCAUCACAUAAACAUCCAGCAUUGAGUUCUUGAACCCUCACAUUACCAAAGUGAGGAGAUGGAAACUUGCAGUCUGUAGAAUAGUAUCCAGGUAUUUCAGUCAGAAGUUAAAAAUGUGACAUAAUGUUCUAAAACACUGUUAGACUUAAAGCACUUUGGUCAUCAUGGUAUUAUUAAUUGUGUUGGUCUGGACUGCAUGUAUGACUGUGGACAUGGGACCUUUAUAAAUAGAAAUAAACAUUUCCUGACACA